UGUGUGUAUGUGUGCGCGCGUGUGUGCACCUGACACAACAACACACACUCACACACACACACAGAGCGAAGAUGCCGGAUGCGCAUCGGUGGUGUUUGCUGCUCUUCGCGUCACUUGUGCGCCUCGGCACGGCGGCAGAAGUGUCCGUGUGGAGCGUGGACAUCAACCCGACACAAAAUUAUGUGUUUCGGAAGACGCUGUACGCCAACACCACCAUCUUCAUGAAGUUCCAGGGUGACACGGCGUCAUGUGAGAGAAACCUGGCAUUCAACAUCAGCUGGUACCUGCGCUCCUCCGUUUGCUACAACGAGGUCUUCAACACACCAGACAACAAAGCGACGAACAUGUUUGGUAUGGAUCACAUGCUGAAAGACGGCUGGAGCGGCUUCUACAGUCAGGGCUACAUGUAUUUUGACAACUGCUCCGCCCUCUUUUUGCCAAAGGUCUAUUAUAGUGACUUCAACCCAUAUCAGCCCCUCACAAGCCCAAAGAGUGACCCAUCAAAUCAGAGUCUCGUUUGGCCCGACAAGCCGGAUAUCAGUGCAGUGGCCAAAGCCUGGCAGGACAGUCCCUAUCUGUUCAUCGUGAAAGUGCAGCCUCUGUUUCGUGGCGUCGAAGACGAAGACAUUGGCGCCGAGCAGCUCAACUUUGCCUUCACAAUGAAAGUUGAGAUGAAGGGACCACAUGACUUCUCCUCUCCAGCAGACUGGCCUCUCAUGAUGUUCUUCAUGGUUAUGUGCAUCGUGUACGUCCUGUUCGGGGCUGUGUGGCUCUUCUGGUGCGCCUGCUACUGGCGGGAUCUGCUGCGCAUUCAGUUCUGGAUCGGCGCCGUCAUCAUCCUCGGCAUGCUGGAGAAAGCUGUGUUCUACUCCGAGUACCAGAGCAUCCGUUACAAAGGAGACUACGUUCAAGGUGCUGUGAUUUUCGCUGAGCUGCUCUCCGCACUCAAAAGAUCUUUAGCCCGGAUCCUGGUCCUCAUUGUCAGUCUUGGUUAUGGCAUUGUCAAGCCCAGGUUGGGAACCACAGUGCACCGGCUGGUAGUUGUCGGGCUUCUUUACCUGCUCUUCUCCUCUGUGGAGGGUGUGCUGAGAGUGACCGGUGGUUUCUAUGGUACGGUCGCCCUGGUUGCCAAUCUCGGCCUCUCCCUCAUCGACUCCUGCGUCAUGUGGUGGAUUUUCAUCAGUCUGUCCCAAACCACUCGUCUGUUGAAGCUCCGCAGGAAUGUAGUGAAGCUGUCUCUGUAUCAGCACUUCACCAACACGCUCAUCUUCUCUGUUUUGGCUUCUAUCAUAUUCAUCAUCUGGACCACCAAAGUCUUCAAGCUGGUGGACUGCCAGACGGGAUGGAGGGACUUGUGGGUAGACGAUGCCUUCUGGCGUCUCCUGUUCUCCACCAUUCUGCUGGUCAUCAUGGUGCUGCUGCGGCCCUCCGCCAACAACCAGAGGUUCUCCCAUUCCCCUCUCAUCGAUGAAGACGAUGAAGAGGAGGAGGCCAAGGAGCCCAUGCUGAACGAAGCUUUUGAGGGAAUGAAGAUGAGAGGCUCAAAGCCAGAAACUAAUGGGUCCCAGAAACUGUUGAGCAAAGAGGACGAAGACCUAAAAUGGGUUGAGGAGAACAUUCCCACAACUGUAGCUGAUGUAGCUCUCCCUGUAAUGCUAGAUGAGGAGGAGGAAAUCCUGAAAACCAAGAUGGAGAGAUCCAAAAUGGAGUAGAAGUAAAUAUGAGAAUGACAAAAGAAAAGCAAAUUCACUGAGGCAGCGAUGAAUGAAUUCUGAGUGAUGCUGAAUGAUUACCAAAAAAAGAAAUGGGGGCAAAGCCAACUGUUCUCUCCAGACACUCCAACUUUUUAAUUUCUUAUUUAACAGGUAUUGUGCAACACUUUAAUAAGCUCGGAGAAGCGUUGAUAUUAAUGUGUUAUAUUAAGGCGGUACGGUGAAACCCUGUGUCGGAUGGGUUGAUGUCUACACCGGCAUUCACACUGCACUUUGAUAAAUGUUUUAUUGGUUUCAUUUUUUGAUUCAGCGUCAAACAGAAACCGGGGGAAAUUUACACAAUGCACCAAUGGAUUUAAUAUUUAUCAAAAGCCCCACCAUGUGGUUUUAGAUGACAAUAAUAUUAAAUGGGUCGUGGGGUUCGUGUUCAAUUCGCGAAAAUUUGAAGGAAUGUGAGGACCAAUUAUUGAAUCUGUUCAGGUAACAAAUCAUGAUUCUCGGCAGUGAUCACAGCCAAGAUGUCAGAUAUGAAUGAAGGAGAGAAACAUAUACUGCAAACACUAAGUUAUAAAGUAAAAGAUUAUAUAUAAAUAUAUG